GCCCAAAAAAAAAAAAAAAAAAAACGCCGACCCGCUUAGCCUUCCCAGUUCCCUCCAUCCUCCGUCUUCUGUUUCUUUCUCGCAGUGCUCCGGAGUCCGGAGUAGAAGAAACAGAGCUCUGGUAAAAGUCGAAAAUUGAACAAGGGAAACGAAGAAAGAGAAAAGCCCUCUCCUUCUUCUUUUCCCUACCCCCUAGCUUUUCGUCUGUUCUCUCUUUCGGAGGGUGAUCAUGGCUUCUUCGUUCAACUCAUUCCGCCUACAAUAGCACAAGAAAAAGUACGUAACUUUGACCUUUCACCUUUCUCUCUUCUCUAUUCUUCUUCUUGAUAAUGUCGCCUCUCACCUUCAUUCGUGUUACCUCUGCAUGUGCGGAUUUCACAUUGUGAAUGGCUGCUACCAAACACUGCAACUUCUCCUUUAUGGGUUUGGGGUUUUUUUUUUCACUUCGUUCCUCCCCUAUGGAAUAAGCAGUUUUUAGAGUUGUCUUCGGUAUCCUUUCAUCUUUCCCCCUUCAAAAUCUGUGAGGAUAGGUUGGUGAAACAAAGGGUUUUGUGAGAGGGAACAGAAUGGGGUCUCUGGAAAGGAAUUCUGUGGCAGAUGCGAGGUCGAAGAGGCGAGUGCUGAGAAGGCUCCAGGCUAAUUCAAGACGUAAGAUUUAUUCAUCCAAGAAUGGCAUUAGCGGAGGCAGCUCCUCUGCCAAAACUCGGACAAGAACUAGGGGAAAUUUGCCUACCAAGAGUACUACUAAUGACUAUCAUUAUCCUCCAGAUCAUGAUUAUGCCACCUUUUUGGAUGCCUUGGGUCUACGCCUUCCAACAGCAGCUAAUUCUUCCGACGGAGUGAGUGCUAAUCGUGCCCCUGAUAGUGAAGCCGCCGUAGGCUGUGUGGGUUCUGGUUUAAAGGAGGACAUUGACAUUGACCUUUUCAGAUUAUUGGCUGAGAUUGGUGGUGGCAGCAGCAUUAGAACAGAGGACAAUGGUGUGGGCGACAAUGAGGAUCCAGGCGCUAACUGUGGAUGUGACGACAUGUCUAUGGACGGUCGCAAUGUUGCUGCUCGGUAUGCAGACGACUCUUUUCUCAGGGCAAGCUGCUCCAAUGAUAAAAAUGGGUUGAGUUGGAAGGAUGAUACUGGUGCUGAGACUACUGAUGCUGGUUUCGAUGACAAGUCAGUAGAUAGCUUUCAUGUGGAUUCUGAGUUUGUUGAAGAAUCCGAUGACAUUGGAGGCUCUGCGAAUGAUGAUAAUGUUGUGGAUAGGUCUUUUGACAAUGCACCUGCUGCCGAAGAAGUCGCAGACCAUUGCAACAAUGUGCAUUUCGAUCUGUCAGAUCGAGAUCAAACUGCUGCUGAUGAUAUCAUUGGAGCUUCUGAUCCUGCAUAUCUUAGGUUCUUAGAGAACCUGAGAGAAGAUGGGAAUUCAUACAAUAUUGAGCUCCCUGUGAGCAGUGGAGAGUCACUAUCUUUUGUUUAUGAAAAGCAAGAUGAUUCUCAUGGUCAAUGUGACGCCACUGAGACAAGAAAGACUUCUGUACAGAGGAAGAAUGGAGAACCUGAAAUUUGUUUAGGGAAAGGGUGCAAUGAAACUCGCGAUCAAUGUGAUGCUGGUAAUGCAAGACAGACUUCUUCACAGAGUAAGAAUAAGGAACCUGAGAUUUGUCUAGGGAAAGAGUGGAAUGAAACUCAAGGUCAUUGCCAGUUAAGAGAUGAAGCAGGUGCUGGAUGUGAUCUGAGAGUUCCUAGUGGGAGCAACAAGAGUUCAUUGACGGGGAGGAAGUUCUUUUAUAAAACUAAAAAUGGGUUACGCAGUGGAUUUAGAAGAGAAGGGAAGUCCCAAAUGGAAGAGCUUUUGGAGAGAGAGAGCAAAAAGAAAGUGGACGAACGAUGUGAUCCAACUGUUGCUUCGGGUAGAGAUAGGAGGAGCUGUUCACCCAUGAAACGAAGGAUCGAAGAUGAGACAGGAGAUGCACCAGAAAUUGCAUGUAAGGUAGAAGCUCCAAUGCCAGCCAAGACAGGAGACACUAGAACGGGAAAAGUUAUGGCACCCAGUUUGGUGAGAGAUAGAGCAACUAAAACUAUACCUUGUCGAAGUGAACUGAAAAUGAAAGCUCAGAAGGAUGUGAGCGACAUGCAGAAUAGGAAAAGGAGACGUUUGAUUUCUGAAGAAACACAGAGAAAAGAGUCCUUGAAUCCUGUUCUCUGUGAAGAACCUGCAAAAACUAAAACGCCUUCAAACAAAAAUCUACAGUGCAGACCUAAAGUAGAGUUGGAUGACAUGCAGGAUAGGAAAAGAAGACAUUUCAUUUCUGAAGAAACACAGAGAAUAGAGUCCUUGAAUCCUGUUCCCUGUGAAGAACCUUCAGGAACUAAAACGCCUUCAAACAAAAAUCAACAGUGCAGACCUAAAGUAGAGCGGGAUGACAUGAAGGAUAGGAAAAGAAGACGUUUGAUUUCUGAAGAAACACAGAGAAAGGAGUCCUUGAAUCCUGUUUCCCGUGAAGAACCUGCAACAACUAAAAUGCCUUCAAACAAAAACCAAAAGUGCAGACCUGAACUAGAUGGGGAUCAAAUUGACAAAUGCUAUGAGAUAUUCCUCGGUUCUCUGAAGAAGAAGCCAACGCAUGUUGAAUUUGUCCCUUCAGUUGGCGAAAAAGUGCUAUAUCACGACUAUCCCCUCAGCUGUCCCACUAGCCCAUCUGAUUCAGAUAUAUUGGAGAUUGAUGCUGCCACCUUUGCUAAUGAUGUCAAUACUCCGUUCGUGCCAGCAAAGAACCAUGAAGUCAUUGAUCUUGAUUUGGAGCCUGAAGAAGGCCAUGGUGGGAAUCACUACAACUCUGUGUUCAGAGUGAAGCUUCUUGAGAAUUUAAGAAAGCCUUACGACCAGAGAGAGUACAAUGAGUUGUUGAAAGAAGUGUCUUGCAGGAAGCAAUUGGUGAAAGAUAGAGAACUCCGGCAUGGACGAACAGUGAAGAUAAAACUGAAAGCUGUUGGGCAAUCUUACCUUGAUAAAUAUACAGAUUUUGCAAGAAAGCUUCAGGAGAUAAAGCCUGAUUCGGAGUGCAAUCACCCCGUAAGGUUGAACUUGCUACGUGGGUUUGUCUAUUGGUUGGAGAAUUUACCCCUUCCUGGAUCUUUCAAGCCAUGGCUGGACGAGGCAUGUUUGAAAGUGCUGCCAAGUUGCAAGCGAGUUCCCUGUGAUUAGAGUGUUCAGACAUUUCCUUGCAAAGGGGGAAACGAGACAGGUCAGCUUUUGGGUUAGAUGACUAACUAACUAUUUAAAAGA